CCGGGACGCGGGGAGGACGGACGGGCGGGAGGACGGACCGGCCGGGGGACCGGCAGGCGGAGCGGAGCGCGGCCACCUCUCCACCUGGAUCCGCCGGCAGCCGGUCUUGGGGCUUCCGACAUGCCCCCCAGGUGGGAGCACAGGGCAGAUGAUGCUGGACGCGAUGGAGGCGCCGGGACACUCCAGACAGCUGCUGCUGCAGCUCAACAGCCAACGCACCAAAGGGUUCCUUUGCGACGUGAUCAUCGUGGUGCAGAACGCACUCUUCCGGGCUCACAAGAACGUGCUGGCGGCCAGCAGCGCCUACCUCAAGUCCCUGGUGGUCCACGACAACCUGCUCAACCUGGACCAUGACAUGGUCAGCCCCGCCGUCUUCCGCCUGGUCUUGGACUUCAUCUACACCGGCCGCCUGGCCGACGGCUCGGAGGGAGCGGCGGCGGCGGCGCCGGGGGCCGAGCCCAGCCUGGGCGCAGUGCUGGCGGCCGCCAGCUACCUGCAGAUCCCGGACCUCGUGUCCCUCUGCAAAAAGCGGCUCAAGCGCCACGGCAAGUACUGUCACCUGCGCGGCGGCGGCGGCGGCGGCGGCUACGCGCCUUACGGCAGGCCCGGCCGGGGCCUGCGGGCCACCACGCCGGUCAUCCAGGCCUGCUACCCGGGGGGCGCGCCCUCGGGGCCUCCGCCGCCGCCGGCCUCGGCCGCAGAGCUGCCCCCGGGGGCCGAGGCGCCGGUCAAUACCCACUGUGCUGAGCUGUACGCCUCGGGCCCGGCGCCCCCUCAGCCGCCGCCGCCGCCGCCGCCGUCGCUCUGCGCCCCCGAGCGCCGCUGCUCCCCGCUCUGCGGCCUGGACCUGUCCAAGAAGAGCCCCCCGGGCCCCGCGGCCGCGCCCGAGAGGCCGCAUCCCGGGGAGCGCGAGCGCGAGGCGCCUUCGAGGCACGAUAGCAGCCCGCCCGGGGCCGCCUACAAGGAGCCGCCGCUCUCGUUGCCCCUGCCUUUGCCUCUGCCGCUGCCCCUGCCCUUCCAGAAGAUGGAAGAGGCCGGGCCGCCCCUCGACCCGUUCCGGCCGGGAGCCAGCCCCGGGCCUGGGCCCCCGGGACGACCGGAUGGGCCCGCGCUGAUCUACCGCUGGAUGAAGGCCGAGCCGGGCUUGGGCAGCUACGGGGACGAGCUCGGGCGGGACCGCGGCUCUCCCGUGGAGCGCGGCGCGGGAGAAGAGCCUGCGGACGAGGGGGACUCGCCGGGGGGGCCUCCGCUGCCCCUGCCGCCGCCGCCCCGGUACCCGGGUCUGGACGGGCCCGGACCCGACGCGGACGACUACAAGAGCAGCAGCGAGGAGACGGGCAGCAGCGAGGAGCCGAGCCCGGGCGGGGGCCACCUUGGCAGCUACCACUGCCCUCACCUGACCUACCGAGAGCCCGAGAGCUUCGGCGACAACCGCUACGUCUGCAUCCCGUGCGACAAGGGCUUCCCCAGCUCGGAGCAGCUCAACGCGCACGUCGAGGCGCACGUGGAGGAGGAGGAGGCGCUGUACGGGAGGGCAGAGGCGGCCGGGGGCGGGCCGCGGGCUUGGGGCCCCUUCGGGGGGGGGGCGGGGGCGGGCGGGGGGACAGGGGCUGGGCCCCUGGGGCCUGGGCGAGCUGUGAGGCGACCGCCCCCUGCGAAAGAGCCAAAGGGACCCGCCACCCCGCAGCACGAGAAGACGACUGGCUGA